GCUGCUCCGCCGGAACGAAUGCGGGUCCCGGGACACUGGUGUGUGAGAAACUAUUGCUAGCACGGAGGAAGCCCGGUCCCCAGGCCAUGGGGGUACAGCUGAGGCUGCCACCUGGAGAGCCGUGCCACGAAGGGUAUGUGCUGUCUCUGGUCUGCUCCCACUCUUCCCGGGCUUCGUGUGAGAUCACAAACGUGUCACAGCCGCUGGCUUAUCCUGUCCUCUACACGAACCAGAAUUCCUCCAUAAGCAACUUCAGCAUUUCAGCAAGUGUAGAAAACAAAUACAGUCUGUCUGUGGGCUUGGUAUUGGCCAUAAGCUCCAGUGUUUUCAUUGGCUCAAGUUUCAUUCUCAAAAAGAAGGGUCUCUUGCAACUGGCCAACAAGGGCAUUACCAGAGCAGGGCAAGGUGGACAUUCUUACCUCAAGGAAUGGUUGUGGUGGGCAGGACUGCUGUCGAUGGGAGCUGGAGAGGCUGCGAACUUCGCUGCCUAUGCCUUUGCGCCUGCCACCUUGGUCACCCCGCUUGGGGCUUUGAGCGUUCUCAUAAGUGCAAUCUUGUCUUCCUAUUUUUUAAAUGAGCACUUGAACAUUCAUGGGAAAAUAGGCUGCAUAUUAAGCAUAUUGGGGUCAACUGUGAUGGUUAUCCAUGCCCCGCAAGAGGGGGAAGUCACAUCUUUGCAUGAAAUGGAAAUGAAAUUGAGAGAUCCAGGGUUCAUUUCCUUUGCUGUGAUUGUCUCUGUGAUCUCAUUGGUGCUGAUUUUGAUCGUGGCCCCGAAGAAAGGACAGACUAAUAUAUUGGUCUAUAUCGCAAUCUGUUCUUUGAUCGGAGCGUUUUCCGUUUCUUCUGUCAAAGGCUUGGGGAUUGCCAUUAAGGAACUGCUGGAAUGGAAGCCUGUUUACAAGGAUCCCCUGUUCUUCAUCCUGUUGGCCGUGCUUGCACUUUCAGUAACGACCCAGAUUAACUAUCUCAACAAGGCCCUGGAUACUUUCAACACGUCGCUGGUGACUCCUAUUUAUUAUGUGUUCUUCACAUCCAUGGUGGUGACAUGUUCUGCCAUCUUGUUCCAAGAGUGGUAUGGCAUGAAAGCUGGAGAUAUCAUCGGUACCCUGAGCGGGUUCUUCACCAUCAUCAAUGGCAUCUUCCUUCUACAUGCUUUUAAAAACACCAACAUCACCUGGAAUGAACUCAUGUGUACUACUGAGAAAGAAGCCCUUUCUCCAAAUGGUAGUCAGAACAGUUAUGUUUUACUAGAGAAUGCAGACUUCUCAGCCUCUGGGUAUGAUGACGACAUCACCCUAUUUAGCAGGACUGAUGACCAAAGUAUUCAUAAACUUUGAACUUCAACCAAGACACUCAAAGCAAUACUUACUCUUAGAAGGCCUAUUUGUAUGUUAGCAUGUAUAACACUGUACAAAUCCUCUGGAUGAGGAGCCAAGCAAAAAAGCCUUUGCUCUGCAGAGCCUCCAAAUUGGAAAAUCAAGUUUAAUCUUCUUCUAGAAGAUUCUUUUAUGUUUUCGAAACCACCAAAACAGUCCCUGAGCUCAUCGGAAGUCAAAGACGUACAUUUGUCUCAGAAUAAUUCUUCUGAUCCAUAGAUUUAGCACUGCCAGGUGGCGCUUCACCCCUGCCUGGUCUUGGACUCAGGGUGACUCACGGACCUGUUAUCUGUCUUCUGACUGAGCAGAGUCUUGGACACCAUUGUCCAAUGAGUCAUAAUCUCAAGCUAUUAAAACCAAGAAACAGGAACACUGGUGUAUUGACCUCUGGUCUCCAAUGCCUUCUUUCUAAACUACACAGGUAGGCAAAAUGUUAAAGAACAUACUGGACUAAAAUGUUUAUGGCACAUAUUAUUUUUCUUUUUUCCAAACACACACACACAUGAUUAUGUCAGAGAAUCUAUUAACAUGGACCUGGAUAAUAUAAGCAAAACAUGUUUUCUGGAAAUCCCAAGUAGAUUUAGCUUUGCAGUGACUUACAACAGUCAUUGUGUUCCUUUUUCCUAUUUUUUUGUUUCUUUUGUUUUGUUUUGUUUUGUUUUUUGGUUUUUUUUUUCUGGUGUUUUGGAGGAGGGAUGUUUUCUAUCGGCUUAUUUUCUUGUUUGUUAAUUUUUCAGACAUGUUCUUGCUAUGUGACCCAGGCUGGCCUCAAGUUAAUUCUAUCUCCUGAAUGCCUGGGUUAAAGGUGUGUCCCACCAUGCCAGCUUCUUUUGAAAAACUACUAUUCCACAGAUUUCUUCUUGUUACAUAGAGGUUUUGUAAAGACAGUCACUACAGGAUGUGAAGUUCAUAGCAUGCUUCCAUUUCUCUCAAAGGUCUUAUCCCUAAAAGGUCGGUCAUCCAAAACUGAGAACAACUAACUGAUUCCUUGUAUGACCUUAAUGUUCUUUUAAAAUUUGCCAUUUUCAUCUUAAUAAGGAAAUUAUAAACAGUUUCUAACUUUUCAGAAUGGGCAUAGCCUACUGUUGUUUUCAGUGACAGGUGCUCUUUUUUUUUUCCCUAUGAAAUUCAUCAUGACCACACUUUCCAAUUCAGAUCAUUAAUAAGUGUGUAGGGAGAGAGAAAUUCCUUUAAAAAAAAAAAAAAAGUCCAAAGACAUGCUACAGGAAGUAUUUUUUGGUCGUUAAAACUUUGCAUCUGAUUUCUCUGACUCAUUCUAGACUCAUGCUCUUAAAAUCUUCAAUGAGAGUAACUGUUGAGAGCAGUUAACUGUGCUGUGUGUUUGGGAGAGUGGAUAACCCAUGGGCAUCCCAUGACCUGAUACCUCAAGGCAAAUACAAGUUUACUUCCUGUCACUGACUCACUUUGGGUAGCAGACAGAGUAGCUGUGAACACAUGUGUGUAGAAAAUUAUCUUCUGAAAGAGAAGUGUGUUUGAGAGCUGUGCACAGUCUUUUGGCCGGUUUCCCUUGUUGCUUUGAUAACUCCACCAGGUCCCCCCAGGGCAUCUUCUUGGUGAGGACAUCAGUCAUCUCUCUUGACAUCUUGCCUCAGGUUGUGGCUGUUCUCUGCUCUAGUGAUCUUAACUUUUAGACAUUUAUUAAAUAUCAUUGGUUACUUGACACCUUAGCUGUCAAGUUUUGCCCUUGGUACAUUGUGCACAGGUCAAAGAUUCCUGGAACACAAGAAUCGAUGUGUCCUGGUUUGGAAAAUGAACCGGUGUUGAUGUAUACGCCCAGGAGAAAGACUGAGAGAUUUCAUCAGUUGUCAUAUAUGGAGAAACAAAGAAAAAAAAUGACAAAUGUUUUCAAAUCUCUGGAAAGAUUGCUGGUGAGCAUAUACGUUUAAAAAAUUAAAAUGUUACUAUAAAUCUAAUACCACAGCUGAAUCUUUCUUGAGUAAGAAGAUGCUGCUCAAGGAAGAGUGAACUACUGUGUCCCUCUGACAUUCCGAACUGCUCGUCUCUUCCUUGUGUGCAUUUGAAUGUGUCAUCGUAUAGACGUGUUAUUUGUUGGAUAUCAGCAAAUAUGUAAAGAAAAUGGUUUAGCCUUUUGAAUUAUAACUUCACCAUUAGGUCAGUGGUUAAUGAUUUUUCAUCCAGAGUAGAAGAUAUUCAUAAAAUUCAAACAUUGGAUUAAAUUAACACUUAUUUCUUUUUUUAAAAAAAGGAAGAAAAUACUAAACUACAUAAAUAGAAAGCUUCUUACAUUAUGCCCAGUAAAUAGUAGGCACUUCACUAAAGUUGUUCUCAUUGAGCCGGAUUUCUCAUCCUCACUCUUCUUACGAGAGAGAGGAGGACCUCUCAGCACAAGUUUAUGUGAAGUCGUCAUCUUUCCUCAGUCACAUUAUUCAUUUUAGACAAUCCAAGAGAAGGCGAAUUCACCACUGUCUACUCUCCAUCACAAAACAGAACCAUUCCAACAAAAUUACAUUCCCUAGAGAGGGGCAAUGUAGCUCAGCGCUCCCUCGGUGCGCACACAGGCACUGGGUUUGAUCCUCAGCAGGAGGGGGGUGAAUAAUAAAACCAGUGGAACCAAACUAAAUGUCACCCUCACCUUUGAAAGCUUUGGCGGCGCCAGGAGGUGGAGUGGGAAGGCCUGUAUGAGUAUGUUGAAUGUUCUCAAAUAUUUUUGAUAAACUGUGUACAUGAGAGUUUAUAUUUUUCAAAUGUUUAUGAGUACUAUUCAUUUUGGAUAGUUUACACAUCUGUAAUUUUCUGUAUAUUUCCAAUAAAAUAAUUAUUGUUUUCUUGA